AUGAAGUUCUCUACCCCAAUUGUUCUCGCUGCCGCCGCCGCUGUCGCUUCUGCCGAACUCUCUGAAGGUGACUCUUGGACCUGGACCAAGACCAUCACCAACAAUGACAUGACCUACACCAAGGAGGGUACUGACAAGUACACUGGUCAGCCAACCACUGACCCAACUUCUGGUACUUACACCCACUCCAACGUUGUCGAGUUGCCAGAUCGUACCUACACCAAGAUUAUCACUAACACCUACGGUGAGGCUACCACCAUCUCCACCAACACAGUCAUCUCUGGUCCACACGAGACCUACACCAAGCCAUAUGUUCAGGCCAUGCACACCUCUGAGGUUUCUGACUUCUUGGAGUCCCACUCUAAGCACUUGGCUGAGGCUUCUAAGGCUGCUGCUGACGACAAGAACAACAAGGACGACAAGGACGACAAGGACGAUGACAAGGACGAUGACAAGGACGACGACAAGGACGACUCUUCCACCACCGCUGACGGUGCUGCUGGUUCCUUGAAGGUCAGCGCCGGUGUCGGUGCCUUUGGUAUUGCCGCUGCCCUCCUUUUGUAA